UUAACAAGUUGCCUUGACAGGCCCUCAGAGAAAGAUAUAGAAUAAAACGCAUAGAACAGCGAUACCCUGUCGUCAAGAUCUUAAACUCGAGAUAUCAAACACGAGGCCAUCUAUUCGCCAACCUGGCGCAAGCAUAAAUCGCAAAUAGACGACUUCAGCUUGAUUCAGUUCUGCGUCUACAGCCCUAUACCCACAACCUCUCUCCAACAUGGCCGCCGCCGCCGUCUCCUCGCCGCUCCCCCCUCCUCCUCAACCCACCACCUCAUCCAUCACAUCUCCCACAUCAAUAUCAACGCCGCCAAUGUCCAACAAAUCCUCCUGGAUCGCCCUCGGCUGCGAAGGCUCCGCCAACAAGCUGGGCAUCGGCCUCAUCCUCCACACCCCAACCUCCGCCACCAUCCUCUCCAACCUGCGACACACAUUCAUCUCCCCGCCAGGCACGGGCUUCCUCCCCAAAGACACCGCCCUCCACCACCGCACCGAGUUCGUCGCCCUCGCCCGCCGCGCCAUCGCCGAAGCGGGCAUCUCCCCCGCCGAUGUCGACUGCGUCUGCUUCACCCAGGGUCCCGGCAUGGGCGCGCCCCUCACCAGCGUCGCCAUCGGCGCGCGCACCCUGGCCCUCCUCUGGGAUAAGCCCCUCGUCGGCGUCAACCACUGCGUCGGACACAUCGAGAUGGGCCGCGAGGUCACCGGCGCCGACAACCCCGUCGUACUGUACGUCAGCGGCGGCAACUCCCAGGUCAUUGCCUACGCCGAGAAGCGGUACCGCAUCUUUGGCGAGACGCUCGACAUCGCCGUCGGCAACUGCCUCGACCGCUUCGCCCGCGUGCUCAACAUCAGCAACGACCCCGCGCCGGGCUACAACAUCGAGCAGCUGGCCAAGAAGGGCAAGCAGCUGCUCGAGCUCCCCUACAUUGUCAAGGGCAUGGACUGCUCCUUCUCCGGCAUCCUCACCAGCGCGGAGGCCCUGGCCGCGCAGCUGCUGGAGCGCGGACCCGAUGGUGCGGGCUUCACUGUCGAGGAUCUAUGCUUCUCUCUGCAGGAGACAAUCUUUGCCAUGCUGGUUGAGAUUACGGAGCGGGCCAUGGCGCACGUGGGCAGUAGCCAGGUCCUCAUCGUCGGUGGCGUGGGCUGCAACGAGCGGCUGCAGGAAAUGAUUGCCAGCAUGGCCCAGGAGCGAGGUGGCAGUGUCUUUGCCAUGGAUGAGAGAUUCUGCAUUGAUAAUGGCAUCAUGAUUGCCCAUGCCGGUUUAUUGGCUUAUAGAACGGGAUUCCGCACGCCGCUUGACGAGAGCGUGUGUACGCAGAGGUUUAGAACAGAUGAUGUAUAUGUCGAGUGGAGGGAUUAAGACUUGUCAGGAACAUAAACAUAAAAAAGUCAAUAGAAAUAAGUAAACUUGUACCGU